GUGUUGGUGUGUACGUGAUUCGUUUUGUUCUGUACUUUUUACAUUUAUGACUAUCCUACACAUUAAAGAAUAAGAUGAAAUUCCGUUUACACGACUUUUGCGAUAACGUGUUUUGUGGAUCCACCUAGAGAUAUACUUACCAGGAAGUGUAUAUAAAUAGCUUCACUUCUGGACUAAGAUCACCACGCCCAAUAUGCAGGGUGAUGACCCCCCUUACUUGACGGUCGGGACUGAUGUUAGCGCCAAGUAUAAGGGUGCCUUUUGUGAAGCUAAAAUCAAGAAGGUUGUGCGUAACAUCAAAUGCAAGGUGACCUUAAAAGGUGGUGGUGCAAUCACAGUGAAUGAUGAUGUGAUCAAAGGUACCCUACGUAUUGGCAGCACUGUUGAAGUGAAACAAGAUCCUAAAAAGGAUGCAACAGAAGCAGUCAUAACAAAAAUACAAGAUUGCAGUCAGUAUACAGUGGUGUUUGAUGAUGGUGACAUAACAACAUUACGUCGCUCAGCGCUGUGCCUCAAAAGUGGGCGACAUUUUAAUGAAAGUGAGACAUUAGACCAACUGCCACUCACACAUCCGGAACAUUUCUCUACACCGGUGAUAGCUGGUCGGCGAGGGAGAAGAGGCAGGGCGCAAUCAGAGGAGAGUGAAGGUGAGGGUGUGACACGUCGUGUGAAGGCGGACAGUGAGCCUCACGUGGGGCGCGUGGUGUUCGUGGACAUCUCGAGUGGGGCGGAGCGCCGCCGCCCACACCAGCCCGCCUUCCCCGCGCUCGUAGUCGCUCCCACUGCACAAAUUAAAGUCAAAGAGGACUAUCUAGUGCGCUCCUUUAAAGAUGGACGAUACUACACAGUGCCGAAGAAGGAGACGCGAGAGUUCAAGCGGGGCAGUGCUCCUGCGGAGUGGGGCGGUGUGCAGGCAGCGCUGCAGUACCUCGACCACGGAGUGCUGCCACCGCACUGGGACAGAGACACCCUCUUCAAUGAGCCACGCAACACAUCUGACGAUAGUUCAGAUGACGAGCCGAGAGAAGAAAAGGACCACUUCGUGGCUCAGCUGUACAAGUUCAUGGACGACCGUGGUACGCCGCUCAAUAGAAAUCCAACCAUCGCCAACCGGGAUAUCGAUUUAUAUAGAUUGUUUCGUGUUGUACAAAAACUGGGCGGCUACAAUCGUGUGACAAAUCAAAACCAAUGGAAGACGAUUGCAGACAAGAUGGGCUUCCACCCAGUCACAACGAGCAUCACUAACCUUUGUAAGCAAGCCUAUAAGAAGUUCCUGCACAGCUUCGAGGACUUCUACCGCAAGCUGGGGGUAACAUUGGUGGCGCAUCCUCGCGGCGCGCGCACUCCGCCCGCCGGCCGCUCGCUCAUACGCGACCGCGACAAGCAGCUGCUGGCCUCCUCGCCUGCAGGCACCACGCCCACCAACACUCCCACCACCACCCCCACCCCAGCACCGCGCGGCAAAGAUAAAGAUUCGGAUAAAAGCGAGACGGAAAAAAGUGAUAAGAGCGAGAAAGAUGAGAAGAUUGAGAAAAUGGAGAAGACAAGAGAGAAGAUACCGGCCAGCGAUGAAGAUGACAGCGCUGACAACCAGCCGCUCAUUGUUGCCGCACCCAAAGUUGAUAAGGACAAAGAGAAGGAGAAAGAGAAGGAAAAAGAAAAAGAGAAGGAGAAGGAGAAAGAAAAGGAGAAGGAUAAGGAGAAAGAAAAGGAGAAGGAUAAAGAGAAAGUGCCGUCGACACGGACAAGCGAAGAGAAAACAGUGGACAAGCCGCGCUCGCAGUCCAAAACUCGAAGCUCUUCCGUUGCCAAGAUUGAGUUGCACGAAAAGAGAACACCUAAAAGGAGACCUUUUCAUCCUAAAAUGUCAGAAGGUCCGAGUACAGGCACACAGCGCGCCUCACGUCGCCCGCACGUCUCUACAGAUAGCGAUAGUUCUGGACGCGCUUCUAGUCGAUGUGGACCUACAAAAAAGAUGCAAAAUCGUCGCAGUCAGAGCGCGAAUUCAGCGAGCAGUGGCAACACUAUUGCCUCAAACAGUAGCAAGAGACCGCGCAAGAGGAAAAGCACUGAGCCAUCAAUGAGCGAAUGCACUCGAUCUGGUGGCGUUAGUGUAAAGGCACAAGUUGGCGAUAAACUGAAAGUAUACUACGGCCCUACACAGUCUGAAUCAAAGGUGACGUAUGAGGCGAAGGUGAUAGAGGUGUCAAGUGAGGGUUUACUGCGAGUGCACUACACGGGCUGGAACACGCGAUACGACGAGUGGAUCAAACCACAGCGCAUCGCACUCAAUGUCACACAACACGAUGCCCGGAACAAAAAGAAUACCAGCUUAAGCCGCCGUUCGAGAAGUAAAAGAACUGAAGAAUCAUCCGCCCGCUCUGAUUCUGACACUGAUUCAGACAGCGAUGAUGAUAUUAAACGGGCCUGCAAGAAACCAGAUGACAAGCCUAGUCUUAAAACACCACCUAGAUCAAAAGAUGCCAAAUCGAGUGACAGCAGUGGCUCAAGCAAGCCUCGUAAAAGACCCGUAAGAACAAUUUCCACUCCAACAAUGGCCUCCCCCGCUAAGAAACCUCGAGUUAACGUCAGUAACCAUCAGCACCAAGGAAGAGAUUACGACCUCAAUGAAAUACGAUCUGAACUUAAAGGACUUCAUAGUGUUAAACAAGAACCAGAAGAUACUAUCAAAUCUGACCCCCAAAAAGAUAAAACUCCAAGUCCUGUAACACAAAUAACAGUACAACCGCCUGAACCUCCGCAACCUGAAAAACAAGCCGAGGAUGUGUACGAAUUCAAAGAACCGGAACCAUUCGAAAUAGAGCUGCAUGAUGAGAAAAAGAAGCGAAUGCAUCGUAUAUUUGACGAUAUUUCACCGAGCAAAUACACAUCGACUUUAUCAAAGUCUUUAAGUGAGGAGAUAUCCGAGGACUCAUUGAGGCCUCGAGCUUCCACACUAAGAUCUCCAUCUCUAUCGCCGUUCAGAGAUUUCGCAGCAACCAGGGAGGAACCGAAUCGACAGACUCCAGAAGAAGAUUCGAAAGAUGGUCUUUUCUCGAUAGACGAUGAUUCAUUACCAGGCGAAGGUAGCUCGGGACCGAUCUUCGAAGGAUUCACUCCGGCUAAGAACCAAGAAACCUAUUCUAAAAAGAAUAAAGUCAACAAAUUGCGUGAAUUGAUAGACGACUCACCCGACAGUCCCGCUGACGAUGAACGAUCCUCUGAGGACGAACCCGAAGAAAUGAAAGAGGAGAGCGAACCGAGUUCAGAACCUCCGCUACUCGAGAUAGUAGAAGUACCGGAGCCGAUCAAAGAAGAAAUUCAUGCCCUUGAUACAGUAAAAGAAGUCGUUAUCAUUUUACAAGAAAAUGAACAACAAAUAAAUGCCAUACCACAGCCACCGAGGACACCGCCGCUUCAAAUUAAGUUACAAGCGCCUGAUGCAAGCGAUAUUGUUAAUUCGAAGGCCCAAACUACUUCAACUGAAUCUGUCGAGGAAACAAAGCAUAUACCAUCAGUUGAUAAAGAAGAACAAAUAAAGCUGCUAUCGAUUCCCCUACCCACUUCGGAGCCAAAAGAGAAAGGGAAUAUGAAAUUAAAAAUCGAGAAAUUAGAUCCAGAUCCGAUUGUAUCAAAAUUAGAACCACCAUCCAGUCCCCUCAUCGAUACAGAAGAAGAUAAAUCGGAACCCGACAGCCCGGCUCGCAUUGACGUGCUCCCUGAACCGCCUCCCGGCUUCCUCCUACAAUCCGAAGGUCCCAAGAUCGCUGAGAAACUACUGAAAGCUAUAAACAGCGCUAAAAGACUUUCGAUGUCUCCGCCGCCGGUGAAUAAUACAGACCGACCUUUAACACCUAUCAAAGAUAUUCCAAUGCCAAAAGAAGACAAACUAUCUUCAAUAUCCCCAGAAAUUAAACCGCUCAUUAAAUCUGAACCAUUGAAACCAUUGAGUAAAAUAGAACCGAUAAAGAAAAUCAGUCCGCUGCCGUUAUCCGACUCGAUAUUCGGCGAGCCGUCGAACUUUACCGAUUUGAAGCGUGAUUUAUCGGAAAUUAAGAAAAUUAAAAGUAAGGAGCCUACACCGCCACGUUUGCAGAGUCCUUUGAACAUUUUAGAGCGUCGUAAGAGCGUGGCCGACUUGUCUCUGAGCGCGCCCGGCAAGAACAACAAGGUGCUCAGCGAUACUAUACAGAAGCUGUCUAGCCAAAUCAACCAAUCGGCGGCCAGCAUUCCCCUGCCUCCCUUCCCGCCCGGUGACAGGAGCGAGACCAGCGAUUCCGACGACUCUGACAGGAGGUUAAUAAUCGACAAGGUGUCGAUGGAGGAGUGGGGCAGCGGUGGCAGUGGGGGGAGCGGGGGCAGUCUGGAGGGCCGAGGUGCGCGCGCGCUGCAUGCCGGCAAGUCGCUGGGCGAGUGGAGCGCCGGCGAGUCCCUGCUCAUGCUCGAAGACGCCUGCAAGAAUGAACGGAAACAUAGUGCGAGUGUGGUGGUGGCGGGCAGCGGGCGUGCGGGCGCUAGCAGCGGGGGCGCGGCGGGAGGCGGGGCCUCGGGUGUGGGCGUGGCGGGGGGAGGGGAGGACGACAGCAACAUAUCACUGCUACUAUGUGAAGAGACGAUCCCCGGCUCCCCGGCGCCCGACGCAGAGCCUGCGCCGCCACGUCACAAGCACACGCUGCCCUUCGCCUGCGCGCCGCCGCACCACUCGCACUCCAAAGCAGAAGAGCGUGGCAACGCCGGCGGGUCGCGCGAGGGCGGAGCUGGCGCAGGAGUGGGCAUGGCGGGCGGGUUGGGCGUGGCGGCGGGUGCAGGGGGCGUGGCGGGCGCGGGGGGCGCGGCGCCGGGCUGGGCGCGCCGACACGCGCUGCUCGACAACACGCCGCCCACCACGCCCGAUAGCAGUCUCGACUUGUCACCGCACCGUGAGCGGCGCUUGUCGGAGCGCGACAGUCCCUCGGAGCGCAAGGAGGACGACGACGACGUGGCCGCGCGUUCGCCUCACCAUAUGGACAUUGACAAACCUCAUCCGAGUCGUUCGCGUAAAGCGUCCGAGAGCUCUACGGCGGGUCGCGGCAGGUCGCGGCGCGCACGUCGCGACACGGACGAGCACGCGCACGCGCACGCGCACGCGCACCUGCCGCUCUCGCACAACGCGCACCACACACCGUACAAGUACAACUUCAUACUGGACCUCGAUCCUACUUGGGACUGCGAGAAGCGUAUCAAGGUGUUAACUUCUCGGCUUGGGGAGCUGCGAAAGACUUACCAUUCGGUGAAGGCCGAGCUGGCCGCCAUCGACCGUCGCCGUAAGAAACUACGCCGCAAGGAGCGAGAAGCUGUGAAAGCGGCAAAGGCGGCGUGCUCAUGAUGAAAACUCAGUCUAUUCUGAAUACCUGAAGAAUAUGUUUAUUCGUUUUAGAAUAAACAAACUUGAAAUGGUAUUUAAAGUUGAAUUUUUCAACUUGUGAAACAAAACUAUUGAAAUACGUGCAAAUGCAAUGGAAAAUCAAAGUUAAUAUUCUUAAAUUA